AGACACACACUGUGUAUGUACAGAUAGAUAGGAGAGGGACCGGCAGCAACACAGACUGUGUGAGAGCUGAGAUACAGAGACAGACAGGCAGAGGGAGAGACAUCACUGACAGCCAGGGAAGAGGACCCCAAAGGGAAACCGAGAGCCCAGACAGGAAUUCCUAUUUUAAAUUCAAGUUUUACGGAAUCCUGGCUCAGCUCAGUGAUCUCCCCCCUCCUGCCCUUUCCCCGCACCCUACCAUGAAUGGUCUGGCAACUUUCCCCAACAAUGAUGAUUCUACUUUACACCCAGUUCUACCUACACUGGAGCCAUAUGCCCCUCCUUCACAAAAUCACAUAGCUGAAGAUUCCUCGUCUUCAGGAUCUCUCCUGUCAGGUUCUGGUCUUCUCCUUGCUCGAUCACUGCUUGGUCGACGAAGUUCUUCAUCCUCUCCUUCUUCAUCACCUUCUCCAUCCUCCUCUGCCCUCCGCCGCCGGCGGGAAUUCACCCCAGAUGAGAAGAAAGACGACAGUUAUUGGGACAAAAGACGCAAGAAUAAUGAGGCAGCAAAACGUUCAAGGGAGAAGCGGCGAGCAGGUGACCUGGCCCUGGAGAGUCGUGUUAUUGCACUCCUUGAAGAAAAUGCUAGGCUCCGUGCAGAGCUCCUUGCUCUACGCUUCCGUUUUGGCCUUGUUCGGGACCCUUGUGAAGAAAGUCGAGCCUAUCCACCUCCUUGUUCACACCAUGACCCUUCCCCUCCAAACGCUCCUACACCUCUGCCUCACUCUGAAGACUCUGGGUUCUCAACCCCUAGUGUGGGCAGCCCAGUUUUCUUUGAAGACAGGGUCCCUGAGCAAGAAGCACAACCACUGCCUGCUACAAAUAUGACUUAUUAUGGAGCAGUUGGAGGUGAGACAAUAGAAAAUCCUCGUGGUAGGUUAGAAACUCUUGGAGAUAAUUAUAAGUGUCUCCCACACAAGUUGAGGUUUAAGGCAUGUGCCUCUGGUGAGGAGGGAAUGGGUGGUACAGCACCUGUGGCAAGAGAAAGCAGCAAUUUUGUCCCUGAUGUAACCCCUGGAUACCCCCAGCAAUCCUUAACCUGCCCCCGAGGACGAUGGAAUGCUCAAGGUCAAGAUGGAGCAAACACACCUGCCUCGGAUAGCACUGAUCUUCGAUCCCAGCUUGCCUCACUAUCAGCAGAGGUAGCUCAGUUGAAAAGGAUUUUCUCUGAGCAGGUCAUGACCCGUGGUGGACCUGAUUGAGGAAUUCAACUGCUCCAACCAGGGGCAACUUGUGAAUAAUUAACAGUCAAAACUUGAAAGGUUCUGAAAACACUACAGAACAUUGCUAAUUAAUGUCACCCUAAAAAUGGACCUGUGAACAGGGCCAUCUAAUGAGCCCUUUUGAGAUGCUUGGUGCUAUGGUAACAUUUCCUAAUACAAAUUCUGUGGAAGAAGCAUUACUAUCCAAUAUGUGGACAUGUACUGUACUGUGAAACAAUCUUCUGCUCUCAGCCUACCGAGUUAUACAAUGAUGUAGUAACGUUGUACACAACACUAUUUCCUCUACCAAGACAAUGCCUUGCAAUUACAUCAAUCCCUUUCUAAAAGAAGUCCAGUAACCUACUUCUUUUGGGCCACAAAAUAAAUAUUCAACGGAAAAUGAAAUUUCCUGUUUUACUGUCCAAUUGAAUGUUUCCACACUUUAACUAUAGUGAUAAUCAUCUUUAUCUCUAAGAGGACUGACCCAAUGUCAGUGUUGCAUAUACAACCUUUCUGGUGACCAAGGAUUUUCAUGAAGAUGAUAUAGAUGUAUAAAUAUACCGUACUGUAUACACUUGGAAUAUACAUUCUGUUCUGCCGGAUUUGCUUCCCCAUUUCCCUUGAAUAACUUUAUUUGCGUUCACUUUUCAAUAAAUACUUUUUCAUUGCCUACGUUUUUUUUUGUUUGUUUUUUCGAGGUCUUCUCCAUUCCCAAAACAAGUGUCAUGGCUUAUCAUCUAGUAUGUCAAGAUUGCUUUUUUUCACCUGUUCUUAUGUUUCCAAUUUUGAUAACCAGCUUAAUUUCUGAAC